AUGAGCCGAGAUGACAGUUCCGAUUCGGAUAGCGAUACCAGAGAAUCGGCGGGCUCAAAGAACAACAACCAUGCUGAACAAGGUGGCGUGAAAAGGGAAAGGAACGACGAUCAAGAAAAGUCCCCAUCACCUCCGGCGAAGAAAUCUAAAGAAGAGAGUAACCAUGAAGAUGUCAAGCCUAAGAAGAAAUCAAAAGACGAUGAAAAGGAUACUCCAUCUAAAUCUAUAGAGAGUCGCAGUAGCACAAAAGAAAAAGAAAAACAUGAUGAGAAGAAAAAGUCAAAGUCGGGCAAAGAUAAAGAAAAGGAGCGAGAAAAGGAUCGAAAGUCACGGAAAGAAAGAUCACGAUCUCGAUCGAGGUCUCCUGAUACAAAGCGGCGUAGGAGCGAUAAAGAGAAAAGUAGAAAAGAUAGAAAAAAGGACAAGGACAGCAACCGUAAAGAAAAAUCCAAGAGGGAGCAAGGACAUAUGGAGGACGAUGAAAGGAGAAAUGGUGAUUUGGAAGACGGCGAGGUAGUGGAACCAGCUCGGCAGCCGACUGCUAGGGAACUUGAGCGUAUGCGACUUAUGGAACAGUUGGCAAAAGAAGACGCGGAAGAAGAUGGACCCUCGUCAUCAGCGCGAAAUGACGAAAGGCGAGCUUCAUGA